UUUUUCCCCCUGUUCUUCUUUCUCCGUGUCAACGCAAAACAAAAAGUCUCUCUCUCUCUCUCUCUCUCUCUCUCUCUCUCUCUCUUUCUAGAGACAACAGUGCCUUCUUUGUUCUUCUCUUCACUUGCUCUUGCAGUGAAAUUUUUGUAUUUUUUGAUGGUUUGGUCGGUGGUUUUGUGCUUCCCAGUGUGUUCUAUGAAGACUCUGAAGAAAUUAGAGAUGCCCAUUUGAAAGAUGUGAUCUCUAUAACCAUUUUGAGUUGGUGGGUCUUGAAAUUAAAGAUCAAAAAAGUGAUUUUUUUGAUGGUUUCAUGGGUUCAAUAGGGUCCCUUUUCUCAAACAAUAUGAACACGGUUUCGGCAAAAUCUCUCAAGAGAAAACCAUCAGAAGAAUCUCAAUCCAUCAUUUCACCUUUCCCUCUCAGUGAACUAAACCAAGAUCUUCUCGAGAGAAUCCUCUCUCGUCUCCCUCCUUCAAGCUUCUUCCGCCUCCGAUCGGUCUGCAGAAAAUGGAGCACAAUUUCAUCCUCACCGACAUUUCUUCGAGCUUGCUCUGGGAUUCAAUGUAGAGACCCUUGGUUUCUUAUGGUCGAACAAAGCUUUACCCAAUCUAUCAUAUUCGAUACCAGCGAAGGAAACUGGAAAAAUCUCAAUCACCCCAAUUUCCUUAAUCAAACCCAAUUCUCAAAAUCAAUUCCAGUGGCUUCAUCGGGGGGUUUAGUUUGUUUUCGUUCACCCUCUGGCCAAUUUAUUGUGUACAAUCCAGUCACUGGUGACUGCAAAGAAAUCCCAUUAGCCCCUAGUAGCCAAAAUCUCCAUGCCAUCGCCAUGAAUUCCUCCAAUAAAGAUCCCUCGCUGUACAAAAUUGUACUAGUAUUGGGUGAAUUUCCAAACCUCAGUGUUGGAAUAUUCGAUUCGAAGAAAAACCAGUGGGAGGAUGAAUUUGCAUUGAGAAAAACCGAUGGGAAUUUGUCGGAAUCCAAUGAUAUAGAUGAGCCUGAGACUAUCUAUUUCCUUAGCAAAGCUGGGGAUGUUGUGUCCACUAACAUUCAAAGGAGCCCAUCAAAGCAAUACUCAUCGGUUCUCAUUGUAGAAGGAAAUGGUGAAGAGAUUAUCUAUUUCCUUGGCCAUUCAGGCACAAUUGUAUCCUGUAAUCUCACUCAGAAGACCUAUAUUGAGUACCCGAGGCUUUUGCCCAUAAACUUUGAAUACUCAAUAGAUUUGGUGGAGUGCAACGGAGAAAUGUUGGUUGUUAUGCUCUCAGAUUUCUUAGAGACGACGAGCCUCAGAAUCUGGAAAUUCUUGAAAGAGGAGAAGUUGUGGAUACAAGUAACAGCAAUGCCAGUGUCCAUGUCUCAUGAAUUUUGUGGGAAGAAGGCUGAUAUAAACUGUGUUGGUUGUGCAGAUUCAAUACUGAUAUGCAUCAGCUCAUCUGAGUGUAAUAGUUAUGUGAUGUGCGAUCUGGUUGAUAACGCGUGGGUUGAGCUGCCAAAGUGUUUUGUGAACGGGAAGGCUAAAGGAUUCAUGUCUGCGUUUUGCUUUGAGCCUAGGAUGGAGAUUUCAGUAUGAGAUGUAAUGUUGUAGUUCUUCAUUAUUUUCAAAAACUCUAGAAGUACAAUUGAUAAUUACAUGUUGUAAUUUCAAAUAUCUGAGAUCAAUUCAAUUGCUGUAAGAUUUCCAACCAUUAGAUUUGUACAUUUUUGUUUUUUCA